AGUUCGCACAAGUAAUGCCUAGCAACAGGGAAGGGUGCAACGAAAGAGAGAGCGAAAUAGAGAGAGAGAGAGAGAGAGAGAGAGAGAGAGAGAGAGAGAGAGAGAGAGAGAGAGAGAGAGAGAGAGAGAGAGAGAGAGAGAGAGAGAGAGAGAGAGAGAGAGAGAGAGAGCGAGAGAGAGAGAGAGAGAGAGAGAGAGAGAGAGAGAGAGAGAGAGAGAGAGAGAGAGAGAGAGAGAGAGAGAGAGGAGUAAGAGAGGGAGGGAAGGCAAGGAGGGAGAAAAGGAGGAAACAGAGGGAGAGAAGGAGGUCAAGGAGGGAGAAAACGAGGAAACAGAGGGAUAAAAGGAGGGCAAGGAGGAAGAAAUGGAGGAAACAGGAGGGAAGGAAGGCAAGGAGGGAGAAAAGGAGGAAACAGUAGGGAAGAGUGGAACAAGAGGGGAG